GCCUGGGCGCAGGCGCAGUGGUGCGAGCCGAGCCGGGAGGAAACAUGCCGUCCCCUACAUUGUCUGGGAGGUUGUACACCCUGCUGUUCCGCAGGACCUCCACCUUCGCGCUCACCAUCGCCGUGGGCUCCCUGUUCUUCGAGCGCGCCUUCGAUCAAGGCGCGGACGAGAUCUACGAGCAAAUGAACGAGGGGAAGCUGUGGAAACAUAUCAAGCACAAGUAUGUGACCGCUACAACCAAUGAGUAGCUCCUCGCCUCAGCCUUGGAGGAGCCCUGGACCAGCCCAUCUGCUUGCUGAAGAACUGAAGGCCUCUGCCUGAAGUUAUUCUUUAUGGACCACCUCGAGCUGUUGGCAAAAGAACAAAUGGCUCCAACCCCCA